AUAAACCGUACGGAAAAAGUUUCAUGCUGAUAAAAGAGAAGCGUACAAAAAGGAAUACGAAACAACAACACUAUUAUACGCGAAAGUAUUUAUUAACGAUCACACAAUGGGAACACCUAGUAUUAGUAGUACAAAUUAGGGGAGCGUCGGAACAGCGUGCCUUCCUUUUUCAGUCGUAGCAUAGCAACAGUAGCCAACGGAACGGAUGUCCAUUUAAGUAUUUGACCCCGAGCCUCCGGGCAGAGCAGAGCACCUUUAUAACUCCCAGCUCCGUUUCCCUCACACGUACGGUAACGGGUAACCAAAACCAACCCCCCACUCUCAGCUCCCCGCUAAUCAUCUACGCGCGACCUCGCAGGCGUUCAGCCGUUGCGCACGGAGCCAAGCUAAGCUAGCCAGGCAAGGCGGUGGCAUGGGGAACGCUCUGGCCGGCAGGCGGCGGGCGGCGAAGGUGAUGACGGUGGACGGCGCCACGUUCCGGUACAAGACGCCGGCGGCGGCCGGCGCGGCGCUGCGCGGCCACCCGGGCCACCAGCUGCUCGAGUCCGAGGAGGUGCGGCGGCUCGGCGUCCGCGCCCGCCCGCUCGACCGCGACGCCGCGCUCAAGCCGGGCAAGCUCUACUUCCUCGUCCACCUCCCCCGCGGCGCCGCCGGCGAGGGCGAGGGCCAGGGCCUGCGCGCGCCGCACAAGACGUGGUCGGGCGCGCUCCAUGUGGGCGCCAGGGAGCGGCUGGAGAGCCUGAUGCUCUCGCGCCGCACGGUGUCGGACGUGGCGUCCCUCAUGCCCUCCGCCGCCAGGGAGCCGUCGUCCGUGGAGGCCGGCGCGGACGGCGCCGUGCGGCUGCGGAUGCGGCUGCCCAAGUCGGAGGUGGCGCGGCUGAUGAAGGAGAGCAGGGACCCCGCCGAGGCCGCCGAGCGGAUCAUGCAGCUCUGCGUCGCCAGGGACCAGGGCGCCGCCCCCGCGCCGCCCAAGCCCGCCGCGCUGCCGGCCUCCGCGCUCUGCACCAACAAGACCGCCAUCAUCAAGAAAGAGAAGCGGACGAGGUUCAUGGCGGUCCCGGACGAGAUCAUCGGAUGACGAAGCGGGACAGGGUGCUUCAUGGCAUUCUUGUCUCUCUGUGAGCUAUGUGUUCUGUUUUUGGCGGAGUUGCUGGGUUUGGAGCAUGAGAAGCUGCCGAGAAACAUGGCUUCCUAUCCUAUCUCCCCAGCAAUUCUGGACUAGGAAUGGUGCCCAUGAAGCAACGACCUCUCUCUUCCUCCCAGCCUUCCUCUUAUAUACAUCUUGUAGCACUAGCAUAACGAGAAAGAACUCAAAAAAAGAAAAUCACUGUACUUAGCUAGGCCGUGUAAAUAUUCCCGCUGCUUAAUCUAAUGACUGCGUGGUUAUCCAUA